AUGGGUAACAAGCAGACAAUCUUCACUCCGGAACAGCUGGAUGCCUAUCAGGAUGUCACGUUUUUCACAAGAAAAGAAAUUCUGAGGUUGUUUGACAAGUACCGUGACUUGGCUCCCCAGUUAGUGCCACAAGAUUAUACCAAGAAACCCAGCAUGAAACUCCCCUACGAACUCAUUGGAAGCAUGCCGGAGCUAAAGGACAAUCCCUUCCGCCAGCGAAUAGCAGAGGUCUUCUCAGAGGACGGGGAAGGCAACAUGACCUUAGAUGACUUUUUGGACAUGUUCUCAGUGAUGAGUGAAAUGGCACCUCGUGACCUCAAGGCCUAUUAUGCCUUCAAAAUCUACGACUUUAAUGAUGACAACUAUAUCUGCAAAUCUGACCUGGAGAAGACUGUCAAUAAACUGACCCGUAAAGAACUGACCCCAGAGGAGGUGAGCCUGGUGUGUAAUAAAGUGAUUGAUGAAGCUGACUUGGACAACGAUGGCAAGUUGUCGCUGGAAGAUUUCCAGCACAUGAUAGUGAGAGCCCCCGACUUCCUCAGCACUUUUCAUAUUAGAAUCUGA